GUGUGUUACAGUACGCAUGCGCCCGGCACUUUGAACAAAUAGCUUGCUAGUAGUUUGGUUUAAUUUAACAAUUAUGUCAGAGAAGGCUGGUGACGUUGAUUUAACCGGUGCUAAACUGAAUACGGGCGUCUGGCUUGUAAAAGUGCCCAAGUACCUCUCUCAGCAAUGGGCAAAAGCCACAGGAAGAGGCGAAGUUGGCAAACUCAGAAUCUCCAAGAAAGGAAACCAAGGCAAACCAGAGGUGUCUUUUACAUUAAAUGAAGAGUUGACUGUGAUUGACGGUAUAGAAGACAAGACAGUGUCUGCUCCUCGGGAACACCCGUUGACAAUGCAGACAGUGGGAGGUCAGACAUUGGCUGUAUUCACAGAGACGUCAUCAGGCCAGUCAGAAGAGAGAUCUGAUGGUGGCAGCUCAGGUUCGGGGGCAGGGGCUGGUACAGAUAAAAUUGCCUUGGAGGGAGUGGUGGUGCAGAGAGCAGAUUGCAGGCCAGCUGUUAGUGACAACUAUAUGAAGCUGAAGAGGUUACAAAUUGAAGAGUCCACCAAGCCUAUCCGGCUGUCACAGCAGUUGCCUAAAGCAGUCACCAACAACUACAAACCUGUGGCUAACCAUGCAUACAACAUGGAGUAUGAGAGGAAAAAGAAGGAGGAGGGCAAGAGAGCUAGAGCGGACAAACAGCAGGUGUUGGAUAUGUUGUUUUCUGCUUUUGAGAAGCACCAAUACUACAACAUCAAAGACCUGGUGGACAUUACGAAACAGCCUGUGAUUUAUUUGAAGGAAAUCCUGCGUGACAUUGGAAUCUACAAUGUUAAGGGAACACACAAGAACACUUGGGAGCUAAAGCCUGAAUAUCGACAUUAUCAAGGCGAGGAAAAAACAGACGAAUAGGACGAGUUUGGUUGGAUAAAGCCUAUCCCAAUCACUGAGUGUUGUCUCAAACACAGUGGUGGAUGGUGGGACCACUACAAGGGAGUUGAGUUCACUGGAAGAGGUUUUGAGCUUUCAAGUGUGCGCUUCAGGUUUGUGCUGAACAAACCAUGCAAAUGCCCAUGGUCUGUUUGUGGAUUGUUUCAUGUUGAGGGAAAAAAAAAAACGCUUUUAAUAGCAUAUUUAGAUAAAGGUAUAUUAAGUGUCUCAUGAUGUUUU